CAGCGGCGCAAGCCCGCAUAUAUCCCGCCCCCGCCUCUCUCUCCGUCGCACCCUCUCCAAGUUCACAAGUACCACACAUAUCGAUCGCUGCCAACCAAGAACACCAACAGGAUCAAAGAAUCGUAGCAGCAAUGGCGUCGGUUGGGUUCGGCAGCAGCGUGGCGGCAGUGGCGCCGGCCUCAUCAACGGCGGCAGCGGGACGGACCAGCCUCCCGCGGCGGUCGCGGCUGGCCGUACCGGCGGCGACGAGGGGCACCCCGGCGCCGGCCAAGAAGGAGAAGAGCAUCCUCGACUUCAUCGUCAGCGCCAUCGUCAAGGACGAGCAGGAGUUCAUCGAGACCAACCCGCUCCUCAACAAGGUCGACGGCCCGCCGCCCAAGGCCAGCGGCACCGUUUCCAAGAAGGCCGGCGGCACCAUGUCCAAGAAGCCCGCGGCCGAGGAAGGCGGCGGCGGGUUCAACCUCGGCGGCCUCUUCGCUAAGAAAGGCUGAGCACGCACGCACGCGCUUACUUGUAUGUGCAUGCUUACUUAUCAUAGCACUCGAUUGCUCUAUGUAACUCAUGAAACAUCGCCAAGAUUGCAUAUAUGUUUGGUUGGUGCCACUCAAA